AUGGUAACGCCAGCGGGCCUGGCCCUGCAUGUGUCCCGCGAAGCAUCCGGUUCAUGCGUGAGAGAUCCACGCCAUUACACUUUGACUAUAAGCACAUUUGGAAGACGCAGGCAGUGGCAACGUGCGCUGACGCUUCUCAGCGACAUGAUUGAAACGAACGUGCACGCCGACGUCAUCUGUUUCAGCGCUGGGAUUAGCGCAUGCUCGAAGGGAGGACAGUGGCAGCAGGCCCUGCUGUUGCUGAGGAAGAUGGGGGAGGUGAAGGUAGAGCCGGACUCAGCUACGGCGCUGGGAUCGGCGCGUGCGAGAAAGGCGGGCGGUGGCAACAGGCCCUGCGGCUACUUUGCGAGAUGUGGGAGACGAAGCUGGAGCCAGACGCUUCAGCUACAACGCUGCGAUCAGUGCGUGCGGCAAAUGCGAGCAGUGGCAGCAAGCCCUGUCGCUGUUCAGUGA